AUGCUGGUGCUGAUCCCGUGGACGCCGUUUGCGUUGACAAGGCACAUAAUGAGAACGGGCGGGUUUCGAGGCAUGUUUUGCGGGCUUUCUUCAACCAUGGCCAGAGAAAUGGGUGGAUAUUUCUUCUUCUUCGGAGGCUACGAAUUUACGAGGGGAAUGCUGACACCAGAAGGAAAGAGCAAGGAUGACAUAGGGAUUCUUCGGACGAUCGUUGCUGGUGGAGUCGGCGGAAUGACAUUGUGGACUGUUGUCUUCCCUUUUGACGUGGUCAAAUCCCGAGUACAAAUUCAGAGUUCCAACGAAGGGUUGCUUCAGGUCAUGCGUCACAUUUACAAGACCGAAGGAGGUUCAUAUCUUCUAUUUGAAAUG